AUGUUCCUGAUUUGUGAUGUUCUUCUUUCAGACAAACUGAAAGACAAAGUAGAUCUGAAGAACACCAUUUAUAUGAAGACAAUGGAAAUAUCAAAACUUCUGGCAGAAAAAGAGGAGCUGGAACUAAAAAUUCAGGAGCUUACAAAUAAAAAUAUACAAUUGGCCAAAGAAAAAGAAAAACUUUGUGAACAGUAUGAAGAAAAGCUGAGCAGGAAAAAUCAUUCAGAUGAGUCUGGGCAGCUGGAAAAACUCAGACGAGAGAAUGAGAGUCUCAGCUGCAAGGUGCAGAAACACGCUGAAGAAAAAGCAGAGCUCCUACGAGAAAAUAAUGACCUCAAAGACGAACUUUAUCGAAAGACAACACUGAUGUCAUUAAUGACAUUAGAAAACAAAGAGCUCCAAAAUAAGGCCGAGAUGGUGACAUUCAAAAAUCUUGAACUGACGGAUGAGAAAGAGGCUCAAGCUUAA